AUGGCUAUGAUAACCAACGUACAACAGGCUCUAUAUCCCUUACUUAUGAUUUGUUCUGUUUUCGGUAUAGGUAUCUACUCUCCGGAAAAAUUUUAUUUAAAUAUUCUGUACAAUCUAACAGUAUGGACCAGUUACGCUUGCCUUUGUUAUUAUAUGGUGACAGCACUUAAGGCAGGAAUAUGGUUCAAUUCAACCUCUAAUGUAGUCUUUGUACGGAUUGGCAUUCUCACUACCAUUAUUUCCAUUAUCAUAAGUGUGUAUCGAGAUAAGAAAUUUAGGUUAUUUAUGAAGAGACUUGCUGCUGUAGACGAUACGUUAGAAGAGCUAGGUACUCCAAAGAUAUAUAAAAAACUGCACACGUGUGCAAAAAGAGUGUUAAUUGGAUGGCUAGUGUGUAGCUACACGAUGAAUGUAAAUGAUAUGAUAUGGUGGUUCUAUACAAUGGAAGAUCGUCGGUGUAUGCUUAUACCAUACGUCACAAAUCAUUUUCAUCACGUCAAUAUGUUAAUGGAUUUGUUACUUAUGACUUUUUUAUGGUACAUUAGCAGUAGAUUUGAUAAAGUGAAUGAACAGAUGAGAUAUUUGGCAAUGAACGAGGAAUAUGGGUUAAAACAUUUAUGGAGAAAAACGGUACCAAUUACUCGUCAAAAUAUCAUGUGCACUAAUUACAAGCGCGUUUUGUGGGUCUCAAUGCAUCUGCACUUAGAGUUAUGUCAAAUCACUCGUGAAUUAAAUACAAUAUUUGGAGCUCAAAUGACUAUAGAAAUGGUAGCCUAUUUGGUAUAUGUAACAAGAAUGAGUGGUUACAUUUUCAUGCAUAUACGAACAAAAGGUCGAUAUGUACCUUCGUUAUUUGUUUGGAUUGGUAUGUCUUUUUUUAUUUUCGUGAAUUUAGCCAGACUCUUCAGCUUAAAUUACAUAUGUGAGAAAAUUACUGUUAAGGCUAAUAAAAUGGAAAAAAUAAUCCAUCAAUUGACAGAUUCUAUUUUCUAUGCUGAUAUUAAUAAUGAGAUUUAUCAAUUUUCACUGCAAAUAAUACAUCAUCCGCUUAAAUUCACUGGAUUGGGUCUCUUCUAUUUUGGCAAUGGUCUCUUACGAAAAUUUAUUGUUGCAAUUACAACGUUUAUGAUCUUCAUAAUACAGAAAGACGUACCAAAAAAGGCAACAGAUUUUUAA